AUGAAGACUAGAGUAAAAGAAUCAACAAUGGUAAAACCAAUGGAAGAAACUCUGAGUGGCAAUUUGUGGCUCUCCAAUAUAGACUUAGUUUUAUCGGAAACCCACCACACUCGGUGUAUCUACUUGUACCGCUGCGAUGGCGGCGCCAAAACCAACAACGACAACGGCCGUAUUGAGAUCAACUGCAACGGGGAAGGGGUGUCGUUCGUGGAGGCGGAGUGCGACGGCACCCUCGAUGAAUUGGGUGAGUUCUGCAAUCCCAGGCCUGACCUCAGCCUCGCCCCCACCGUCGAUUACUCCAAAGGAAUUUCCACUUUUCUACUUUUUCUGAUCAACGUGCUUAACCGAUUCAAAUGCGGCGGAGCAACCUUAGGGUUUGCCAAUGAGCAUCACACAUCAGACGAAAUUUCCGGAAACAAUUCCAUCAACACGUGGACAGCAAUAGCUCGCGGCCUAACCACCGUCCCACAUGUUUCCUUGGACCGCCGCGUCCUCGCGGCGCGCAACCCCCGCAACCCCAGUUCCCCCCACAUCGAGCACCACCCCCCUCCGCCGUCCAAAACCCAUCUCCUCAACUCCGGCGGUGACACGACAUUCUCCACAUUCAGGCUAAGUCGCGAUCACAUCAACGCACUCAAACAAAAAUGCAAUGACAACUCGAAUUAUACCAUGUAUGAGGUGGUGGCAGGCCACGUGUGGCGCUGCGUAAGCAUUGCCCGUGGGCUGCCGCGUGAUCAGGAGACGAAGCUGCAGUUACCGGUGGAUCUCCCACAAGGGUAUUUCGGGAACGGGAUCUUCUACACGUGCGCAUUUGCUCUGAUUGGGGAGCUAGUAUCGAAGCCGUUGAAGUUCGCGGUCGAGAAAAAAGUGCACGAUGCAAUCGCUCGAAUGGACGACGAAUACUUAAGGCCUGCCUUGGAUUACUUGGAGUUGCAUUUGCAGAAUGGGGAAGGCAUUGUUCGUACACAGAACCACGUGAAAUGCCCCAAUUUCGGGAUAAUGAGCUGGGUAAGGCUGUCGGUUCACAAGGCGGAAUUCGGGUUGGGGAAGCCUGUUUUUGUGGGUGCCGGCGAAGCUCUCUCGGAAGGAAAGAGUUUUCUGUAUCCUAAUCAGGCAUCACGCUGCACCAACAAUGUUGCUGUGAGAAAGAGAAAGAGUGUCACGUGA